AUGUUUCACUGCGAACGGUGUCAUCUCCCAAUCAAGAUCCACGAAUCGCUCUAUGACUUGAGUGCUGCCCAGCUUGACUUGCUUGUGGCUAGCAAGACAAAGCCUGACGAUCACCUUGCGCCCGUGGUACCGGCGGACCGGCUCCAGAUACUCGAAGAAGCCAGUAAUGCGCCGGCACGUAGCACCAAAAACUAUUAUGAUGCGGAUGUAGACCGCUCGUUUGUGAUGUUGCCAAAGCAGAAGCAUAGCGAGACCCACACCAACAUCUCCGCUCGUUUCAACACGCUCGCGACGGUGUUUGAGGUGCUAUCCGCGACGUAUGAGAUCGACUACCCCGUAUGCUCCGACUGUGUGACCUUGCUCGUGGACACAAUGAAAGCACGCUUUGAUAGCAGCGCCAGGGAGAAGGACACUUACAUUCUGUUCCUUCGGAAGCUCAAAGAUCAACCAGGGCCAAAGCUCCACUCCAAUGACGUUUUAGCGGAAAUGGCGGGGCUUAAGGAGCAGGAAGAGGCCCUGGUGGCGGAGUUGGCGGCGUUGGAGGCGCAGAAAAUGGCGCUUGAACUGGAAAUGACCGCGAUAGAGGCUGAAUUUGUGACCCUCAAUGCCGAGGAGGAGGCGUUUCUCGUGGCUAGAAACAAGCUUGACGCAGAGAUUUCGGACUUUCACUGUGAGCGAGAUCGGGUCACGACACAGUAUCGUGCAAACCUUGCACAAUUGGAUGCUCUUCGCGCUACCAAUAUCUAUGGUGACGUGUUUCGCAUUUCGCACGAGGGACCGUUUGGGUGUAUCAACGGCUUGCGAUUGGGCAGUUUGGCGAACGAGCGAGUCCUGUGGAACGAGAUUAACGCGGCACUUGGUCAGGUGGUGUUGCUUUUGGCCACGCUUGUGCGCGCGUUCGACGUGACGACUCCUGAGUACCGACUCCGGCCGAUGGGCUCUCAGAGCAAGAUCGAGCAGAUUGGACAGAGCGAGAGGACGCCAGCUGCAAAAAAGGUGACAGUAUUGGAGGCGUUUUCUUCGGGAGAGUACUCCAUUGAGCGCUUGUUCACUCACGGGAAGUUGGACGCCGCGAUGGUCGCGCUAGUGGAUGUGGUACGCGCGAUCUGGAGCAAGAUACAGGAGACAGAUAGUAGUAUGGAUCUUCCGUACAAGAUGGUGGGCGAGGAGGUGGGUGGGGUGAGCAUUAAACUAUCGGCAAGGACGGUGAGCGAGGAGUGGACAAUGGCGUGCAAGUUUUUGCUUACGAACGUAAAGUGGUUAGUGGCAUACGCGGCGAACAAGGGGUAA